AUGAUUUCCAAAGAUUAUCUUUCUGCUGCCAAGCAGAUUGCAGUGGAUCAAGUUCUUCUGCCAUCUAAUGUGCAAUCCGAUAUUGAUCAGAUUCAAACCAAGAUCAACUCUUCUGCCAGUACACUUGCUAAUAAAACACAAGACAACUCAGAGGAUGUCAAGAGUGUAAUUGAAUCUGUGAGAGUGGCUCUUAUGGUGGUCUCUGCUGUUAUGCUUCUCUUAACAGUUCUUGGAUUUGGAUUUCUAAAAUCUCCAAUAACUGCCCAGAAUCUUCCAAGGCUAGCACAAGCUUCAGGAGGAAAGUUCACAUGCAUUCCGGUUAUCGGUGGCAACAGUUUGACAUGGCUUUUCUUUGAGAGCAUUGGAACUGAACUCGCUCACUUCCCCACUCCUCCUGCCCUCACUUCACAAUUCUGGUGA